GGGCAGGGCAGGCAGGGCAGGCAGGGCAGGGCAGCACCGCCCCGGCGCGGCGCUCCCGGCGGCCGGAGGCGCGUUCGGCGUGCGCGGGGCGAGCGGGGCCGAAUGGAGCCGCCCGGGCGCCGCCCGCCUCGCCAGCGCCCCCCGCCCGCGCCAUGAGGCUGCCGUAGCGCGGCGGAGCCAGCGCAGCCCCGCCGAGCCGCCCGCCGCCCCCAUGGCGAAGGAGAGGAGCAGGAAGGCGCUGGUGGAGCUGCUCCAGCGGCCGGGGAACGCGGCGUGCGCCGACUGCGCCGCGCCGGACCCGGACUGGGCAUCCUACAGCCUGGGGAUCUUCAUCUGCCUGAACUGCUCAGGCAUCCACCGCAGCAUCCCGCAGGUCAGCAAGGUGAAGUCGGUGCGCCUGGACGACUGGGAUGACGCCCAGGUGGAGUUUAUGGCCUCGAAUGGAAACAAUGUAGCAAAAGCAAAAUAUGAAUCUAAAAUGCCACCGUUUUAUUAUAAACCAACAUAUCUUGACUGCCAACUACUGCGGGAACAGUGGAUCAGAGCCAAAUACGAACGAAAAGAGUUCAUCCACAGUGAGAAGCAGGAGCCUUAUUCUGCAGGGUACCGAGAAGGAUUUCUGUGGAAGAGAGGACGUGACAAUGGGCAGUUCUUAAGCAGGAAAUUCGUGUUAUCCGAGAGGGAAGGUGCUCUGAAGUACUUCAACAAAAACGAUGCAAAAGAACCCAAAGCAAUUAUGAAGAUCGAGCACCUGAACGCGACUUUCCAGCCCGCAAAAAUCGGGAACCCGCAUGGGCUGCAGAUCACUUACUUGAAGGACAACAGCACAAGGAACAUCUUUGUCUACCACGAAGAUGGCAAGGAAAUAGUGGAUUGGUUUAACGCCAUCCGGGCAGCACGUUUCCAUUACUUACAAGUGGCAUUCCCUGGAGCCAGUGACUCUGAUCUGGUGCCAAAGCUUUCUAGAAACUACCUGAAGGAAGGAUACAUGGAGAAAACAGGGCCAAAGCAAACAGAGGGAUUCAAGAAGCGAUGGUUCACCAUGGACGACCGACGGCUCAUGUAUUUCAAAGAUCCCCUGGAUGCCUUUGCUAGAGGGGAGGUUUUUAUUGGGAGCAAGGAAAACAGCUACAAGGUGCUGGAAGGGCUCCCACCAUCCACGCAGGGGAACCACUGGCAGCACGGGAUCACCAUCGUCACCCCCGACCGCAAAUUCCUCUUCGCCUGCGAGACAGAGGACGACCAGCUGGAGUGGAUCACCACCUUCCAGAAAGUCAUCAGCCGGCCCAUGCUGCCUCAGGAAUAUGCAGUGGAAGCCCAUUUCAAACAUAAACCUUAGCUGGGACUGACUGGGCAGACCUGAGGAGUGAGCUUCUGUUUACAACACAACGUGGUUUUAUUUGAAAUGUUAAAAAUAAUUAAUAAUAACAGUAAUAAUAAUAACAAUAAUAAUACUUCCCUUUCCCCUCAUCGUUCACCUGAUCAUGUCGGAAGGGCGGCAGUGGAAUGUCGGAGAAGGUCCUGAUCCAACUUGAAAUUCAGCUCAGUGGCUGCUCUGUGGGAUGGGACAGGUGGUCCUGCCACCCCAUCUCCCCACACCCGCUGGAAGGGGCGCCCACCCAGCUUCACCAGGAUGGCAGAGACUGUCGGUGGCACAUCCCAGGGCAGACAGGACUUUUCCCCGUGCUCAGGUCCCUGGGUGCUGGAACUGAGCAUCCCCACACUUCCAGAUGGCUGCCAGCCCUGUCCAGGGGGGCUGCAAGUCCCCAAGAGGGGUGACAUCCCUGUGGGAUGGGAAACAGCCUGGAGACACACAAUGGUGCUGUGCAGAACGGCUGAGCCUGUGGUGCCGGGGUAGAUGAUACUUAUAAAAAUAAGUAAAUUAUUCCUCUGAGACUGGUGGUGAUGCUGUACCUGGAGAGGGUCAAAUAGGGUUUAGAAAGAGAGGAAAUGGGCAUUGUCAGCCUCGUUAUGUUAAUGAAGGGCAGGGAGGAGGGGGCUGCAAAGGAGACACCAACCUGUGAGGUGAUGCUGGGGGAGCAGAGCUUUGGAGCCAGGCCAGUGUUUGGCUCUGGGUUAUCCCUGUUCCAUGGUCUGGGGGGCUUUGCCCCAUUUGGGGAGUCUGGUGUGGAGCUGGGGGGGUUGAGCUUUAUCUGCGGUUUUGCUGAUGGGGACCAUCAAAGCCUGUCCCAGCUCACUCCCAGCGGGCACAUCCCUUCUCCAGAUGUGGUGGUUGCACUUUUCCCCCCAGUAAUUCAAUUUUUUUUUUGUUGAUCUUUCUUUUCCUGCCAAAAAAAAAAAAAAAGGCAAAAAAAAAAAAGCUGCUUGAAGUGACGUUUCAGCGCGGUGUUGAGCACUGUAAUUCCUGCAGUCAGGGCGGGCGGGCUGGGACCUGCACACCAGGUGCUGGAUUUUUACCCCAAAAUGAGAUUUCCUGAAGGCCCAGCCCCAGGCACGGACCUGUCCGACGCAUUCCUUAGGGUGGUUGUGUAUCUGAGAGCAUCUCAUCGGCUGUGUGCAUUCGUUCUGUCACUGGUAAGACAACUGUGGUACUAAAUGUCAUUCGAACCAAUAAAUUAUUAUUAUGUCAGAGCCGUGGCCGUGUGGUGCUGGGGCAGGGGAGGGAGGUGGGGUUAAAAAGCAGCAAAUGGAAACAAGGAGGUGCCAGAGCUGGCAGAGCCCUGGGGCUGUGGGACACCCUCAAAACCCGCCCUGGCACACACACAAUGUGUAUUAUUUUAGAUAUUAUUUGUGUCUAUGUGUGUGUUACAGCGCAUAUUCUGUGUAUUUUCUCGAUAAUACUUCUUUAUGUGUGCACACACAUGCACAAAGGAUAGCUGGUUCUUGGGAAAAGAGAAAUGAGCUUUAUGGAGGGGUUGUUGGCUAUUCACAGACAAUUCUAAACUGCAUAGGGGAUAGAGUGUAACAUAUAAAAUGUGUGUGUAUGUAUGGGGGGUUCAUAUGCACACAUUCAUGUAUAGAUGUAGCAUUCAGACGUAUUCAAUUUACCUAUAAGCUAAAUGUAUUUCACACACCUGUGUAUGUAUAGACAUUUUUAUACUUUGUUUUCUAAAAUAUGUGAUUAUAUAUUGUAUACACAUGUGCAUGCCUUAGAUAUACAUAUAAUUUUUAAACGUUUAUACAUCUAAGGUGAAUUACUGCAUAUAAACAUACUCAUAUCUGCAUGCACAUGUGUAUGCAUAACUAUAAUUAUAUAUUUAAUUUAUAUUUAAAGCAUUUAUGAGUUUAUGUUACCCACACACUGUCACUCACACUUACUUACCAACACAGGCACGGCAGAAGCGGGGAGGGGACAGACUGAGCUCCUUGUGUUUAUAGGUAGCUGUAAAAAUUGUUUUGUGUGCAUGUAUAAUUAAGAAAAAUAUAGUGUUAUAAAUGAUAUGACAUACAAGUAUAUAAUCAUCUAUACAAAAAGCUGUUUAUAUGUGUGUGUAUAUACAUGUAUUUUGAAUUCCUGCUAUAUAUUUUAUACACACACACGUUCUGUAUAUAGUGUUGUAAUUAUUGAAUAUACAUUUUGUAUAUCCACCUGGGGGUGCCCCAGCCCUGGAGCACUGCCCUCCUGUCAGGGCUGGGGUUUGGGGUCAGGGCACACGCAGGGCUCACGCUGGGGGCUGCAGACAGAAAUGGGGUCAUACAUACAGGACACAGGAGGGGAUGGGCUGAGCACCUUUGGACACCUUAUGCUGCAGGAGAGGCACAUUCCUGGCAGCCAAAAGCAAGGAAAUGAUGUGGUUCUAAACCUCUGCUGACAUCCCUGAUCAUUUAUUAACAGUAAAUCCUGGAGAGGGAGCUCUUCCCUUAUCCUGCUGCACAGCAAAGCAAUCCUCAUCUGCUCCAGAUAUUCCAAUGCCCCAAGAGAACCACACCUUUACUGCACAGAGGUGAAGCUGCAGCACUGAGGGCUGGAUGACCCACAGUCAAACAGAGUGAAAAAACCAGCAGGGAAUGUAAAGCUCUGCUUGGGAAACUCCUAGAAAGCAGCAGUAUCACACAUCCUGGUAUAAAGUGUUUAUUUGAGACUUCACAAUUAACACAAAGUCUUCCUGUCAAUGCCUUUUUUUUUUUUCCAUACAGUCAAUAAAUUUGUAUUAAUCCCUCCCCCAUGCAUGAUUGCUGUUUAUUAAUCUAAGCCUUUUUAUUUUCAUCAUGAAAAAAUAAAGCGUUUCCCCACCCUUUCACCUGUUCCCUGUACCAGACUGUGCUGCAUUACAGAGGAGAUGGAGAAUGGCUAUGCCUACUGCUGGGGGUGAAGUUACUCCAUUAUUUAUUGAUUUAUUCUUCUUUUAACAGAAAGUGUUAAAUGAAUCAACCACCCAAGAAAAAUAAAUAUAUCAUAAAGAACCAGAAGCUCUGCAGUAUCCCUUCUCUUGCCAUCCAGCCCAGUUCAAACACAUGCUCUGCCCACGGCAAACCGCUCCGCUCACAGCAACGCCGCCUGCACGUACAGCUGGGAAUUUACACUGGCAAAACCUCUUCCAAAGUAGAGCCACAAGCCACGGGAAGCAUUUUAGAUGCCAGAUUUUUACACCUAGGCAAGAGACAUCCACCUGGAAGCCAAUUAUCUGCGUUCCAUUGACGGGCUUUUACUCAAGAGCUAUUCAACCUUGUGCUUUUCAGGAAGGAUCGGCUAAACACACGCGUGGGCCCAGCCAGAGCCUGGCCUUGGGGAGAGGGGCAGGCAGGAUGAGGGGUGUGCAUGGCAGUGGAAGCAAGUUCUUGUUUCAAUGUCUCUCGGAUGUGCAUCUCAAAUUCUGCCGCUCGUCUCGCAGUUCUUUUGGCACCAGCCUCGCAAAUCAAUUAUUCCAUUGCUCCCCCUGCUCCUCUGUGGAAGAGGGCAGGGAGCAAGGAGGCUUUCUCAGAACAGAGGGUAUUGGGUGGGCUGUGAAGGACAAGCCCCAUGUCUAUGCUUUAUUGAAAGACUGUGCAAAAGGGAAUACUGCAUCAGAAACCGCAGGCUAUGUCUAAUCAGUCCCCAGGCGCUGGAUUGGAAACCCACUAACAACCACAGCUCCCAUUGGUUCGUUUGGCUACUUGUUGUUGGUUUCUUUCCUUUUUUUUUUUUUUUU